CCCACAGUGUUUCCGGAAUUACUUGUCGCACAUUUGAAAUGGAUGUCACACCUGGAAAAAAAGGAUGUCGCGUUUUCACCAAAAGGAUGUCGGGAUUUUCAAAAUCAUCCUGUCGCAUUUUUUGAUGUUGACUUGUCGUCUAGGAGAUGUCGCAAAAUACCUUGUUACCUCAUUCUGUUACCUCGUUCUGUGAUUGGUUCCUUUUAUAUAUGUCGGAAGAUUUCAAGUUCAGACUGUUUUUUACCUCGUUUUGUUACCUCGUGCCUCAUUCUGCUACCUCGUUGCCUCAUUCUGUUACCUCGUUUUGUUACCUCUUGCCUCAUUCUGUUACCUCUUGCCUCAUUCUGUUACCUCGUUGCCUCAUUCUGUUACCUCGUUACCUCGCUUUGUUACCUCAUUGCCUUCUUCCAGAUACAACAAAAAUGAACAUUAGCCGGGAUCAAGCUAUUUGCAUGUUUUUUUAUGAACCUUUCAAUGAAGAAAAUAUAAUUAGGCUAAGGAAAAGAAUUGACGAUAUGGAAGACCUGGAGAUUUGCUAUCAAAAUGAUCCAAAGCAGCCUGUUUUGGUGUCGCGUCAAAGAAUACUCGGUGAUCCGUUUACAUGGCGCAUAUAUCUCUCUUCUGAAAUUGCCUCCACCUCGACAGGGGAACCGUCUGAUGAAAUUGACCGCUCUCUAGGAACGGAAGUUCAAGCAAUCUGUUUCUUAAAUGAAGUUUUACUGCCCUAUGAUCCUCUGAAUAAGACGUUAUUUGAAGCCAAAGCUAUGUCCACUUGCCAAGUAUAUCGUUUACUGAUGAAAUAUUGCAGCUGCUUGGAUAACAAAUCACCAAACGCCUUUGCGAAAUGGUGCAGUUCGCGAAAGAUCAAAUUUUUACAAGCCGAUUAUUUCAGAAAAAGACCCAAACACGGUGACGAAGUUACCAGCAGAUACCGAUCUAUCUAUGUCAUGAAAAAGGAAUACCUUGGUAAGCAAAAAAGCAAUAUGUUUUGCAGGAUGUAAUUUAUUCUAAUGCACUUUUACAGGUGAUGUCGUCAGAAGAAUCACUAAUUACUUGCCAGCGUAUCUUGCGUUUCUUGAAAAACUCAAAAUGGAAGGAUAUGAAAUUAUUGGAUAUGCAAGAAAAUCUCUUGGUCCUGAGGAUUCCGAUACUAGAGCUAGACUUCUACAGAGCAUGAUUGAUAAACUGAAGGAAAGAUCUUUGACAAGCAAGGUUUUUGUAUCCACAAGUUCCUCUGCAUCGCAAUUGUUUUCUGAACGGGAUAUCCUUAAAGAUAGCGAGGUUCUUCGAAAAUUGGUAGGCGUC